GAGCCGCCCCGCGGCGGGCGGGCCGGGAGCGGAGCCGGGGGAAGCGCUGCCGGUUGCCUGUUCCUAAACGCCCCCCCGCCACCUCGGCAUGAAGAAGAUUUUCGGCUUCGGGAGGAAGAGGAAGGGGCAGCCGCCGCCUCCCGGCGGCGCCGCCGCCUUGCCCUGUCCCGCCGGUGCCUACGAGCUCCGCCAGAAGGAGCUGGGCAAGCUGCAUCGCGCUGCCGCCAGCGGCGACCUGGCCCAGGUGCGGCAGGGGCUGAAGAAACACGGCAUCGACGAGCGGGACAAGGCGCAGCGGACACCGCUGCAUCUUGCUUGUGCAAAUGGACAUGUGGAUGUCGUUACAUACCUAGUAGAAAACAAGUGUAAGCUAAAUCUUUUUGACAAUGAUAACAGAUCGCCACUGAUGAAGGCAGUACAAUGUCAGCAAGAAAAAUGUGUGGCUAUUUUGCUAGAGCAUGGUGCUGAUCCGAACCUGGCAGAUGCUAGUGGCAACACUGCCCUUCACCUGGCUGCCGCAGCUCCGAAUACAUCUCUAGCAGGGAUGUUACUUGAGCAUAAUGCCCAUAUUGAUGCUCAAAAUAAGGAGGGAUAUACCCCCCUUAUUCUUGGUGUCUUGGAACAUCAUGAAGAGAUGGUAGAAUUUCUCCUUAAAAAAGGAGCUGAUGUGCAUGCUCGAGAUCAGUGUGAAAGAACCCCACUUAUGACUGCUGCAUCUGGUGGGGAGCUUAAUUUGAUAAAAGUUCUUCUUCGCUAUGGUGCUGAUCUUUCCCAUAAAGACACUAAAGGAUGGACAGCUGAGGAUUAUGCUAUUAUUCAUGGAUAUUCUAGUCUUAGCAAACAACUGGCAGAGUACACAGACUGGGAGAACACAGGAGAAGCUUCUGCAGGCGGUAAACAAACCAUCCCAGUACUUACGACUCCUCACAGAGCAGGAGCUGCUGGCUUUACGUUGGGUGCACCUGCUAUGGACAGAGGAGCAAUAGAUGACUUUUCCCAAGGAGACUCAAUAAGAAGCUCUGAGAAAGAGGGGAGUGAUGACAGUUGGCAUACUUCUGAGGAAGAAGAACUUGAUUUUACCCCCAAGAAGCCACAGAAGCCAAACUUGACGUUGUUAAUGAAUGCUUCCCAGCAGUUCAAGAAAAACAAUGAUGGUGGUGGCUCUAGAAUUGAAAGUCCUAAGUCACAGAAGAAAAACCUCAAGCAAAGAACCCCAUCAGAUGCAAAUCUGAACAAAGGAGAGUGUGGUGAACUGUUGAACCAAGAUGUUUCAGAUGCAAGCAACCUGGAAGAAGAGGAAUUGGACGAGGAGGAAGAAGAGGAGGAGGAAGAUGAAAAUGACGAUGGAGAUGAUGAUGAAGAAUAUGAAGAGGAGGAAGAUCUUACUCAAGGUGAAAAGGAGGAGGAAGAUCUGGAAGAUGAAGAAACUCAGUCUAACGACAUAAUGGAGGAGGAGCAGGGGGGUGAAAUAGAACCUAAAGGAGAAAUUAAUCAGGAAUUGGGGUGUUUUAGAAAUGUUAAGUAUGAAGGGGAAACUCAAUGCGGGACUGGAAAUGUCUUUGGUAAUGAUCAGAAAAUAUGUAAAGAACUUGAUGAAAAGAUGGAGGGAUCUGUUGAUGCUCCUGUGUCUUUUAUAGCUGGGUGUUAUGAAAGGUUGCAAGAAAAUAUAACAGCGAUAUCCCCAAAGGUAAUGAAUAAUGAAUUAUCUUACGAAUCCAUACCAAAACAAGCUGUCCUUCAAAAUCUAAAUAAUUUACAAACUAGACAAGAAACUUUGAACAAGAAAAGUGUGAUUCAGGAGAAGAUACACCAAAAGGGUGACUCCUGUUUUGCAGACUCAGAAACAACAGACUGGAAAAAAGAGAUCCCCCAGCCUCUCUCUGACAGUUGUGGUCUUAAGGAGAAAAAGUCAAGUUUUGGUGAUGGCUUUAAAAGUAUUAAUGGUUCUCAGUCAGCAGCAGAAAACCCAAGACUUGAAAGUCAAAGACCAAAAUCUGAUCUUCUUGAAUAUGUGGGUGAGGAAGAUGCUGAAGAAGGGUAUGAAGAAGUAGAUAAUAAAGUCUGUGGAGCACUGAAACAAGAAAGUGAACACAUGCACUUAAUUAGAUGUGAAGAAAACACAAGGGCAGCGUUUUCCUCAAGCACAAAGGAAGAGCCACUUAAGUGGGAAGGAGAGGAGAAGGAAGAUGCUUGUGGAGGAGAGCUGCAAACUGCAGCUGUUGAGGGUGUGGAAAAUUCUGUUCAUAGUAAUAGCCAUCAAGACUAUAAUGCUUCAGAAGACACUGCUGAUGAGAGAAGUGCCCUGCCAGCUCUAGGAGCAGAGCAAGAGGAGGAAGCUGAAUCUCCCUGGGAUUCUGAGAUUAUACAGACAGAUUCUGAAAGUCUGAGAAAAGUAUCGCCUGGUGUGUUGCUCCCAGCUGCAGAUGAACAUGGAGCAUGCUUGCAGAGUGUUUCAGUGGAGCGCAACAAUGGUGAGUGCUCAGACUCUACUUUUCAUAUGUCAUCAUCAGGUGAAAAAGAAGCGAUCAAGGAUGCCAUUGAAAACUAUGGGAGGCAGGAAAAAUAUAUUUUAGAAACUACCAACUUGAUAGAAAAAACAGCACAUGAAAAUCAGGCUGACAAAGCAGAAAUUUCACAUCAGGAAGCCCUAGCAGAAAAUGAGGAAUCCCACAGUGCUGACAAGCAGUUAAGCCUAAAACCUUGGGAAGAAAGGUAUGAAAGAAUGUGGGUUGAAAAUGAGAAAAGGGAAUUGAAAACAAAUUUUAAAAACAUUACAGCAGAGCUGAAGCAGCUGUUUGGUGAAGUUUGUGAACCUGUGAAAACUACUUCCUUUGUGGAAGAAAUGUCAGAAGACAACUUUAAUGAAGAACUGAAGAGUUUUCACGUUGCUUCAUCUGACGUGACAGAAUCAAAUAAGUUAGAAAGUAAAGGUGAAUUUGGAGAUACUAAACUUAAUGCAGACCUAAAAGAACCCAAAAUGGAAAUUGUAAUUGCAAGCCUUGGUGUUCUUCCUGAUCAAAAUAACUUAAAUGCAAACAUGGAAGAUACCUGGAGUACAGAUGAAAGAGAUUACACUAAUGAUGCAGAUAAUACAAAAGUGCCUCUAACGAAAGAAGAGGAAAAUAAAAUGUCUACUAUGGAAAUGGAAGAGAACAAGUAUGGAAGUAGUAGAAAUGCAGAGGGAAAUUCUGAAUACUCCCUGAGACACUGUUUAAAAACAAAUAUUUUGGAUGACAUUUCUAAUAUUCGUCCUAAUUUAAGACCUCCUUCUACAAAUGGUGAAAAAAGCAUUUUUGUAGGAGAAAGGAAAUUUGGAAAAGACUUCUGUCUUAGUGGCAAUAUUUCCAGAGACUACCUUAUCAAAAACAAUAAAAUAGGAGAGGCAGAAAUUGAAAGUAUUUUUGCAAAUUCUCAGCAACCUUGUGGCACUCUGAAAAGGAAUCUGGAUGAAGAACUAGAACAAGACGUGGAAAGAUUUAAGAGUAAGGUAGGAAUGCUGCAAAUAGUAUUCCUGGCUUUGGAGAAAGAGAAGGUACAGCUACAAAAAGAGGUUGAGAAGGAAAAAAGGAAGCAGAGACGUUUCAAAAUGCAGGCAGUGGAGAAACAAGAAGAUCUUGAUAAAUUAAAUACACCAGCAGGCAAUGCCAUUAAUCAGCAAAUGAAGCAAAAGCUUAAUCUCAGGAAGAAUGAAUGUUUGAAAACUGAGGAUGAAAAAAUAAUAGAAGAAAAGCACAAAAAGGAUUUUUCAUUUGAGGAAACUUCAAAAGUAAAUGAAAUGCCAAUAAAAAGUAAAUCUUUCCUGAAAGCAAAAGAUGUAAAAAAAGAGAGUAAAAGACAGUCUUCAAAGCAGAAGGCUAAUCAGAGGAUGAGUUCUUCCAGUGGGAAUCAUUUUCAAGUACUGGAUGAUAGCACUUUCAGUGAAACAUCUCAAGAUGAAGAAAGACCUGCAGCAAAAACAGGGAGUGAAAAGAACACGGUCAGCAUACAAAUGGAUGUUGUGGAUAACCUUGAUUUAACACAGUCAUCUGACACAACUACAGAGGAUGUUGAAUUGACAACUCCAACCUACAAAGAAGCUAUGUUGCUGUUAGAACAGCUUAGCGUGGAUCAUACAGGUUCUGUUAUUCUGUUGAAAAUUCAAAACAUACUUCUUCAAUAUGAACAGAUAAUAGAACGCGAAAAAAGUCGGUAUGCAGCUCUCUGUAGAGAAGUCAGGAAAUUGGAAAGUGAAAAAGAAGAGUCACAAUUAAUAGCAGAAGAGACUCAGGAUUUGAAAUCCAUAUUGGCUCACCAAGAAGUGGAAUGGAAAAGUGAUAUCCAAAGCCUUAAAUUUUCUUUGAAACAAGAAGAAGAAAAGAGGCUCAGAGUUGAAAUGCUGUAUGAGAAAACAAGAGAACAACUAAGAAGGAAAGAGGAUCAAUACUGUAAAGAGAUGGAGGAAAAACAACAACUUGAGUUGCACUCAGGGAAUCUACAAACAGAGUUAAUAACAUUGAGAAAGCUCUUGAAACAGGUUGAAGAAGAACGUGAUGAAACACAGAGACAGCUGUCUCAGGAAAAGAGUGCCAGAGCCCUACAAGAAGGAAUUUUGAACAGCCACCUGUGGAGACAGAAGGAACUAGAAGAAGAGACGAGAAUAACCAUAGGAAAAAAUUCAGAGGAAUCUGACACUAAUGAAAGAGAAAAGGAUCUGUUGUACAAAAAUCAGUUACUGCAAGAUGAGAUUGCUAUGCUAAGACUAGAACUUGACCAAGUAAAACUUAGGCACCAGGAGGAUGAAGGAAAAUAUUUAGAGGAAAAUGAAACUUUGAAAGAAAAAAAUGAAGAUCUUAAAAAGGAACUUAAACUGAAUGAGGAAGCCUUAACACAAACAGUGUUUCAAUACAAUGGACAGCUGAAUUUACUAAAGACAGAAUCUGCAGUGCUAACUUCCAAACUUGAGCAGACUAAAGAAAGCAAAGACAGACUGGAGACAGAGAUUGAAUCGUUCCGUUCUCGCCUGAACGUUGCUGUUCAAGAUCUUGAACGUCAUCAGACAUCAAAAAGUGAUGUCGAACGAACAUUUCAGAGAGAACGUGAUGAAUGGCUUCGGUUGCAAGACAAGCUCCAUCAUGACCUCUCUGAUGUGCGAGAAGCCAACAAGAGCUUGUCUCAGCAGCUGAGUAAAGCUGAAAGCAAAGCUAAUACUCUAGAAAAUGAGCUUCACCAGUUGAAACAAACACUUAGAGAAAAAACACUACUUUUAGAAAUGACACAAAAGGAAUUAAGUCAAGCCCAAUGUCAGGCAAAGGAAAGUGAUCAUGCUCGGCAACUUGAGAAAGAUCAAGUAAGCAAGUUUAUGAUAAAGCAGGAAUCCAUGCAGGAGCGAUUGGCCCAGCUCCAAAGUGAAAAUCUUUUACUCCGUCAACAGUUGGAAGAUAUGCAGAACAAGGGGAUCAUCAAAGAAAAAGUUGUGAAUGAUGUCCAGGACAGGUUUAAUGAUAUUUUCAGCAAACUCAGAGCUGAUACUGAAAAGCAAGUUUACCUGAUGGAAGAGAGAAACAAGGAAUUAAAAACCAAGUGUACAGAUUUAAGAGAACAAGUCUUCAAAUACGAGGCUGACAAAGUAGAAAGAGAGGGUAUGGUCAGACAGCUGCAGCAGGAACUUGCUAAUGCUCUUAAAAAGCAGUCUAUGUCAGAAGCUGCACUUGAAGUUACUACGCACUACCGCAGUGACCUGGAGGAAGACAAACUGCGCUUGCAAAAGGAGUUGGACAGGGUUAAAACCAAGUUGCAGGAAUCAGAACAACAACGUAUUCAGUCUGAGCAUUGUGUUCAUGACUUAAAGACUGUCUUAGAUAAUAAGGAAAGAGAAUUAAUAGCUUCUUCCCAGAAACUGCAAGACCUUCUGUUAUCAUCUUCUGGAACUAAUACUACUAUAAAACAACUGGAAGAGCAUGUGCAAAGGCUUGAAAUUGAAAAUGCCAGAUUGGAAGCCACAGCCAAACAACAAACCAACAGGAUUGAAGCCCUUCAGAAAGACCUGCAAACUUCUGCCUCAGUUCAUAAUCGCCUAGAGGACUUGAUAACUGGCUUGCGGACAACACAGACAACUGCAGAAGAGCACCAACAUCAGCAGAUGCAAAAGCAGAAUGUGCUGCCUAUGACAUCAAAAGACUCACGCAGUAUGUGGGAAGAGGAAUUGAAGUCAAGAACCCACCUUGAAGAUCGUCUUGCUCAGCUUGGCAGGGAAAAGGCUGAGCUCCUAGAACAGUGCGAGAGUGAGAGAAAGAAAGUGAAGAAGCUGGUAGAGUUGAAACGCCCAGUUGAGGUGCGUCUGGACCAGGAAAUGAAAAGAAACAUUGAACUGCAAAAAGAAUGUCACAGGUGCAAGAGGCUUCUGAACAGAGCUAUGAAGAAAAUCAGGAUGUAUGAGGCCAGAGAAAGAGAGUGCCAGUUUAAUUUCCAGGGAGAAAUGAAGAACAGGUAUUCUGAAAUGGUCAAUGAAGUUGGCAGAUUGAGAACAAAGGUUAGUGAACUUUCCCAGCAGCUGGAGUUGGAGUCUAAAAAAUGCAUGCAGCUGGAAGCACAAAAUCAGGAUUUGCGAGAAGAGCUGUCUGCUCUGCGUGGGAAUCAUGAAAUACUGGAGAAGAGCAAAUGCCAGCUGAAGGAAGAAGUGGCAAACCUCAGACAUCGUUUGGAAACUAAUAGGGUGGAUCACAGCCAAAUAGAGCAAUAUAAAAGAGAGAUGGAAGAACGAGCUGGACAAGAAAUCAGACAAAAGCUACAAGAAGUCAAUUUGUUUUUGCAGACACAGGCAGCCUCCCAAGACAGGUUAGAACAAAUCAGAGCCAGCCAUCAUGCUUCACUGAGAAACCAACUAAAGCACAGAAUUAAAGAUCUUGAAUGCGAGUUGGACAGGAUAAAAAAUACGCAACAAGACAGUAUUUUUCAAAAAGAAUCCACACAAGCAGAAGUGGAAAAAUACAAAGAACUGUAUCUGGAAGAAGUGAAAAUUAGAAGAUGUCUAGCAAAUAAGCUGGAAAGAGCUAAUGAGAGACUAGCAGAAGCCAACGCUAAGCUCCUUCAAGAGCGCCAUAGAAGCAAAUCUUUAAUUGCAAGCAGCAUUGUCGGUGGAGGUCUGGCUGCAAGUCCAGUUCUAUAUUCAACUGAACUGGGACAUCUUGGCAACAAUUUGGCACUGAACAGAAGUCUUAGUCUAGGAGGAAGCUUCCUAGGCACAACCGGGAAUGCAUUAUCGUCGAGAAACAGGGUUGAAGCCUAUGUUGCUAAGAUACGGCGGGAACUGGAUGAAAAAAUCACUAAAGAACUUGAACAAGCCACUGCUGAACUUGAAACUGGAUCUGCUGGAGCUUCUCCCAUGGUAUCUACUGAUGGAUCUUCAAAAAAUUUCAACGUUGACCAGGAUCCCCUUUGCAGGGCAAUACAGGAGUACCGUGAUGUUUUAACCAAAAAUUAUCUUAUCUGAACAAAAUGCUAGGGAAAGGCACUAGGAAAUUUGUUUACAUAACAUAUCUGUUGUUUCCCAUCCCGUGGCUCAGAAGCAAAAACAUCUUCAUUGCAGUUUGAACAUAGAUUCUGUUAAAUAGAUGUCAAGCACACCGCACUUACUUGUUUUUUGAUGUAUAGUUGGUUUAUUUUGCACUCAAAAUAAGAACCAUAUCUGUUUUUUCUGACUAGCAGAAUGACUUAAUCUUGAUUCUUGAACUUUACAGAAUUUGAAGUGUUUCUUAUUAAAGUUAGAUACGUUAUUUUGUUCCACUCUUGUUCAGUGUUUUAACAAAAGCAUUCCUUUUGUUCUGUUUAAUAAUACUUUUCAUUCUAUGUGUUUUAGUGUUUCCGGUGUUAUUUUAAUGCUUAGGAUAUUAUUUGAUUGGCUUUUUGUCUGCUGCUCCAGUCCUGAUGCAGUGAAUAUUUCUGUUGAUGAAGUGAAAGUUUUACCACUGUUUAAGCUGGAAAACAGGGCACUUUAUAUUGCUGUCACUUUUAUGUCCCCUAGGCUUAAAAAUACUGUGAGUGUAUAGUAGUGCCAAGAAAGCUUUUAUGUGGUAUGUUUGUUUUGGUAUCCAUGUUGGUUUUUGUAUUAAAACUUGCUUCAAUUUCAGACAUUUGCAGUUGCUAGAUGAACACCUGUGGUGAACCUGAAACAGUCCCUAUAGGGAAAAAGGAGUAUUAACAUACCAACCUUCGGUCUGGUUGGUACUUAACACUAUUUGUGUGAUAGAACAGCUUUUUGUUGUUGCUAACAGCUGAUGGUACAGUGGCUGUAGCCCAGGUGAAGGGCAGUAUUAUGGGACAUCUGUGUCAAUAAAACAAGCAGUUUUACUUAUUUCAGGGAGUUAUCUGCUACUGAAGAUCAGCAAUCUUCAUUUCACGUCUACCAAAUCUGCUGGCAAUUAGAAGAUUACAGAACAAAUGAAGUCCAAAUUCUGGAGAAAUAAAAAUGGUUGUACUGAGAUAAAUGAAGACUGGAAAAAAAAUGUUUUUUUUACCCAUUAAUUCAAUAACUUGAGUUAACAGGCAGUGAGGAAAAGCAGUGAAUGCUGCUAUGACUCUCUGCUCCUUUUUAUAUUAAUACAACAGUUUUGUGAAGCUAAUACACUGUAUUUAAUUCCAGGCAUUAUGUUCCAACUUGGUAUUUAAUAAAAUUUAAAAUCUAA